AAAAUAUCCUGACGAUUAAAAAUUUAUUCUUUUCCGAUACCAAAGGAAACUUUCCCUUCAUUUAAUUAUCCUCAUUCAUCAUAAAUGAGCAAAACCCCCAAGAAUUGAUACGUGGCCUUCGAAUGGAAUACUGCAUAUUUCAACAGGUUCAAAAUUCAAUCAAUUUAUCGAAUAUUCCACAGAAACAGUAGUAUGAAAUUGAUACAAUUCGAAAUAUGGAUAGUGAGAAUAAUAAUGCUUACAGGAACUGUUUUUUGUGUCUCUUCAUUUGUGUAGGUCUAGGAAUAUGGUUUUUCUUGAGGAUGAUACAUAAUAGGAAAAAAUUGAAUCGUAACAUGGAACUUAUCGGCCACCAGUUGAAGGAGAUGGAAGAUAGAAUUCGACAGAGCAUAGGCCAAGGUGAAGAAAGUCAGUUGGAGGAAGAAUUGAAUGAUUCUGAAAUGGGAAUUACAGAAUUACUGAAUCAGCUGAAGGAACUAGAGGAAGAAGAAAUGAAAAGAAAAUUGGAGCAACAAGAGGAAUUCAAGAGCGAUGACUGCGAGGAAGAGCCUGCUAAAGACAAGAAGAAUGACUGAUUAAACCUCAUAAAAAUGAAGAUAAGACACUAUUUUUCAAGAAACAUUUCGUUUCUUUGUGAUUUGUACAUGA